AUGCCGGCGUACGCUGGGUUUGACAGCUUCGCGUCGUCCCGCAGGACGGCGGAAUCCAUUUACUACACCGCCAAGGAGUACGAUUCGGCGGAAGAGUCCGAUUACGCCCGGCGGGCAAUAUUCAACGACGGUCCGAACACGAUCUUCAACCGACGAUAUGUCGAUCCGUGGGAUAUGGAGAAUUAUGUCUACAUUCGCAAGCAGGUGCUGGAUCCAACGUCCGAGUCCGAGGUGCCACCUUCACCGGCCGGUGAGCCGAUACAGUCCAAGUUUUACUACGUACCCGGUGAGCUGAACGAUGGUGGAUUGGAGUGCCGCGAUUGCUCCAGUGCCGAGCUGAUCGAGCCGGACUUUGAGCCCGAUCUGCAUCACGGUGCAGCGGAACGGCAGCUUGCGCUCGCGAUGCCACAGGAUGUGCUGGAUGGCGAGUUGCGGCACGAAUCGAUGGACGAUCAGCCGAGUGAGAUCGAGGAGGAUGAGCGGCAGGACGAGGGCGAAGAAGAAGGGAUUGGUGCGGAGGAUGACGACGACGAGGAUGGAUUCUACACCGAACGAUACGAUACCGUAAUGGACGAGGAUAGCAUCGCUGGAGACGAGCAUGUCUACAGCUCAUACACAGAUUUGGAAACCUCAUCGACGGAGCAGCCGAGCUCGUGUGAUAGUUCGAUGUCGGCGCUGCGGCUCCACACGCCUGGCUUCGGUAAAAGCGCCUCCAGCAGGCGCCCCAUUGUUCUGCCGAAGCCGUUGCCCCAGCUGGAGUUUCCCGGACCGCCAUCGUACGAGUAUUACGAACCGAGCUGCUGCUAUAUGCCCCUGCCACCGCCGCCUCCACCACCGCCUCCGCCGGCGCACUUCCAUCAUCACCACGGGCACGCACCCUUGCCCGUAGGACCACCGUCGUCCGUGAGCGGGACGAUUCUGUCCGAUCAUCAUAACUACUACACGCUGAACGACUGUCUCGAGUGUGCCCGGCAGGAGGCGGAACAUGUGCCGCUGUAUGCGACGACCAGCACGGCUGGUAGCCCCACGAGGCGGCGGUCCCGCAGCGUCAGCGUCGUUAGCCAGAGUAUGAGCCUCGCUAGACGCCCGAGCCAGAUGCUGGAUCCGGCCACUGCUAUUGCGAUCGCAGCGACCAACGCUAACGUAUGUUACACGCCGCAACAUUUCAGCUUAAGCAAGAAGGGUCUGCUGCAGAUUGACUACUCCUGCAACUGGAACAAUCUCGAUCGAUAUAUCGCUAAAUGAUUGUACGGAAAAGAAUGGCUACAGAACAAGCACUCACUCAUCGCUACAUGUAAAACCCUAGCAUAAUAAGAUAAUUUAAACAACAAUCGAGAAGGCAUAAGAACUGUGGGAAGAUUAUCUAUUUUAUUACAUCCAGCUCGACGAUCG